AUGGAAUCCUUACAGUUCGAUAUGGAAAAUUUGUCAUUCGUUUGCGAAGGCAAAAGACGAUAUAGAACCUUGAAAAAUAAAGCAAACCCUCCAAAAUGUCGUCGUCAGCUCUUCCAGGAUACAGAGACAUCGGCAUCGAAAGUCGAGAACAAGACAUCUAAAAAGGACUGGAUAAAAUGUCUAAAAUCAUGUUUAGACUUUGAUAACCAGACCUCUCUAAACGAAUUUCAAUUUUAUUUCGACUCGAUGAAUUCCUAUGAAAAUGAAGCGACAGAAAAUGAAAGAAAACAAGGCAAUAUAGUCCGAGAUUCUGACAAUGGGAAGGAAUUUUUAGUUUUAAAUAAUUUAUCCUACAGCAACAUAAAUUAUGACACUUUCCUUGAUCAAGAAGUUCUGGUACAAUAUAAUUAUAACUCACAUAUUGACCAAUCAAAUCUCUUGAAUUCAUCACCAAAUAAAUCGGAGUAUAUCAUUGGUCACUUUUAUAAUGACGUCAUGUUAGCAACGUUUGACGCACCAUGUGACGAAUCCUCAGACGCCACUUCCGGUGAAUUAAACGACACGCCAUCUAGCGGUAUUAAAGAUGUACAAAUUAUGGGAUAUGAUUUGAAGAUCGAUCAUGAAGAAGUGAUACAAUGUAUUUCCGGUUCCUAUGACACUCAGAGUUACAGUUCUGACGAAUUUAGCGGAAGUGACGAAGGCUUUCCCGAAGAUUUUUUGGAUGAUUGCUAG